CCAAAUGGUAUUCUUGCAAGUUUCAGUGACACUGCAUUUACGAAUCAUGAGCUCCAGACUGCUCACAUUCCCAUUCUUUUAUGUAUAAGUGAAUCACGAAAAUAUGGAACGUGAUGAAUACAUAAAGGAAAGUGAAACAACGGAGUAGGGGCUGCUAGGCCUUUCGAUACAACGGUCCCUUUCCUUAUUGGCAGACCCUUCUUUUAUAUAUGGGCUUUGUGAAUCUUGAGCGUAGCAUCAUGAGCGGCAACAGAGAUGUCACAUGUUUACCAUCUUUAUCGUAAGCACGUAUGGUACUGCUCAUAAAGUGUCACUCGAUAUUCAGCUGCCAAGUAAAUGACUGAAAACUUUUACGAGGAAUUCACCGUGUCUGACGUGAGUGUAAAUUGUUUAAUUAACGAACGGGUGCAUCUUGAAGAAGUAUAUAGCUUCCAAGCUCAGUGCGUCGUUCAAAAUACCUAAGAAGUUUCUGAGCUACUUACAGCCUAGCUAGCUAGGUAAUUGGGAAAAGAUAAUCCCAUGGGCAGAUAUUAUGACCGAGGGACUCGAGACAGCCGGCUCGUCCGCCAUUUUUUACUUGUUGCCAGCGAGAUAUUUUACUGACGAGACAAACUCGGGGCUUCCUUCGAAAUAGGUUCCUCAGUGUCCUCCACCAAAGCUUCGGAGAUGGGAGUUAGUGCCAGCCUUCCCUGCUCUCAGGGCACACACAAAGGAUGAUUCACGUUGACUAGUGACACGUUGCUGUGAGUUACACGAUGACCAUUCCGUAAAUGGGAAGAAGAGUCCAGCUCGAUUUGUGAUGUUUUCGGUGAUAUAACAGGUUGAGAAGCGUCGUAAAAAAGGAGUGUCAUUCGCAACAGUGCUAAUAUUGCUUUGAUCCUCGUCACCUCGGGAAAUGUUUGCGUUGAAAAAGUAAGACAGAUUUUCGUUUCUGGUUUGAGCCACAUUCAGUGAUUUAUAAAUGAGAGUACAGUGUUACUGAAGUGUUCUCGAGCGAGUGAAAAACUUAGAGUGAAACAGUGGAGACGGCAGUGUUUCUGGUCUUGCAAUACUUUACUAUAUUUGUGAGCGACUGAUAAACCAUUGGAUAAGGGUCACCUUAGCGAAGGAGAGAGCAAGGAACGCCAAAGGGACCGCGCACCGCCCCUCAUGUACUCAUAAUGGCGAUGACCAAAGGGGCUGGGGAAGGAGGUGGGCCUCUUGGGUUCUGUGGCCUGGGUGCCACGACGGUGAAGAUCCUCAUCGGGGGUCUAGUGACCUUCGUCUUAAUCAUCAUCGUCAGUCUCAUUGCCUUCUGGCAGGCAGGUUGUCCCAAGGGAGAGUUCGAGUGUUCCAGCGGGCGGUGUUUGUCGAGGAGUCGAUGGUGCAACGACAACCCCGACUGCGAGGAUGGGGAGGACGAACUUUCGGAUGCUUGCUGGCAGAAUGAUGAUCAACCGUCAUUCAACGGAAGUUUAGAUUAUUUUGCAGACUAUGAGGAUUGCGAUUUGUGUUACUGCAACUCACCGGAUGCAGAGAAGUGCACGCCACCGUUUGAGCCCAGCAAGACGCUGGAGACCUGCAAGACUGCAGGAGACAGCGGGAGAAACGUGAGCGUCGAAAAACUGGACAUAGCACCAAGCAAAGCUCUGGACGGAAGCGAUCCACCUGGCGACGAGAUAAGCGGAACGUCAGCCACCCGCCCGGAGGACCGAGAGAGUAGCGGAGAAGCGUCUGCCAGCGACUAUCAAUCCCGGCGACGCAGGAGCUACUGGGAGACUUGGUUCGUGCCAGGCAUAACCGGCUCCUCGAGCUAUGUCAGUCAAAGCAUUGUCAAUGACAGAAUCGACGAUCCUCCUGAUAGCGAGGUGCAUUCUCGUCUGCAAAUGAAAUUCCAGCCGCCAGAUAAGAGUAGUGAAUUAGAUAAUAGUUUUAGUUUAGUAGGCAAUAGUGACCAACAGGUGCAUGGCAAAGCUGAUUCGCUAGUAAGGAGUGACAAAGAAAUAUACGGUUUUAUCGAGCCUUUGGCAUUAGGAGGACUUGGACGUUUUACAGGAUCUUACAAAGAUAAAACGGUUGAAGGGAGUGCAAGUGCCAAAUUCUUAAACAGCGAGUUUCUAAAGUAUAGAAGGGUGGACAAAGCAGGUCGAAAUCCACUGGAAAUGCUUUUAAAAGACGGAAGCAGCGGUUGUUCGAUGUGUAAAAACUCCCAGAAAACCGGGAAGUUCCGUAAAGAACACCCAUAUGGACAGUUGAAAUACUACGAUGAAGCGAAAAUGACGCACAGGGUCAGAAGGGGAAUCAACGCCCCUUUAGAAACAGGUAUAAACCUCGAUGGGGCAUUGAAAUCGUGGAAGCCCUCGCCAGAAACGAUUAUUGCAGGGGACAGUUCGAGAGGGGAAGGACAGACGAUGGAGGGCGUUGGGACAGGACAAGAAUCAUCGGGAUCAUCAGAUUUAGCAGACGCGAUAUUCAACCAAAGUCGCGACCACCUCUCUGCGGACGUGCCAUUGCACAGUGGCCAUUGCAAUGGGUCACAUUUCGAAGACGUCUUUGGCAUGUUUGAAAAGUGUUAUUGCGAGCUGAAGUGGCAGUUGAAGUGCAUCCACGCCGAUUUCCAUUCCAUACCUACUCAUGUCAUUGGAGGGAUCAAAUGGCUGGCUAUCAACGCCAGUAAUAUCAAGACGUUAGAUCCGUGUAUUUUGUCACAAUACAAGUCGUUAGAAGUUCUAGAUAUUCAAAACAGCUUACUCAGAUACAUACUGGAUAAAAACUUUGUGGCGCAAGAAAAUUUAAAAUUUUUGUACCUCUCAUGGAACUACAUUGAGACGAUAGAAACCAACGGCUUUAUCGGACUGAGAGCGGUCCAAACCAUCUCCCUCGAUCGCAACCACCUGCGGCAGUUGGAUCUGUCAUGUUUCAGACACGCUCUGAAUCUCACUUCACUGGAUCUGUCUCACAACUUCUUGAACUUCAGGGACAACCAGAGUUUUCCAAAGCUUAAGCUCCUCGAGAAGUUAAAUCUGAACUACAACAAGAUCAGACGAGUGAGCUCUCUUCUGUUGAGAAACCUACCGAACUUGGAAGUUCUACGCCUAGGGGACAAUGAGAUUGAAGCCGUUCUCCAUGGAGCCUUCAGUUCACUGACGAAGCUCGAGAAGCUGGACCUCUCGGGAAACCGACUUCAGUCCGUGAGUGGACUCUUCAAAGAGUUGAGCUCGCUCAAUUUGCUAAUGCUCGAAAAACUCCAGCUGAACGACAUUAGUGAAGAACAUUUUGCAGAUCUGAGGGACUUGAAGGUCAUAUAUUUUUCUACCUUCCGUUACUGCAGCUAUGUGCCACGCGUGCCCCCGCCGCAGUGCAUGCCCAACCAUAACGGAUUCUCCAAUACCCGAGACCUUGUAGGAUGGAAGGCCCUUCGAGUAGGAGUGUGGGUGAUGGCCUUCAUCACCGUAUUAGGCAACGUCUUGGUCAUCUUUUGCAGAGUCCUUUCACGAAAGGACAUUUCUAGAAGCAACAACAACAUCCUCUUUAUAAAAAACCUAGCAAGUGCUGAUUUACUAAUGGGUGUCUACCUGGUGAUUAUGGGCGUAAAAGAUGCUCAAAUGAAGGGCACAUUCUUAGCAAACUCCCUUCAGUGGGCUGAAUCAUAUACCUGUACGGUGGCUGGUAUUUUAGCAACGGUGUCAUCUGAGGCUUCGAUGUUUAUUCUGACCUUCAUGUCCUUGGAGAGAUACUUGUGUGUUUCCAACCCCUAUCGGGAUCCCCUCACGCUGUCGGAGAAAAAGGCGUCCUUCUGUCUCCUCGUCAUCUGGCUUUCCUCCUUGAUUUUAGCCAUUUUUCCAGCUUUUACAAUUUAUGGCUUCUAUGGGACAAACACGAUGUGUUAUCCACUGUACAUCAAUGAACCUUUCCUUCUGGGAUGGCAGUAUUCGGCAUUCCUCUUCCUUGGCCUAAACUCUAUAAGCCUUAUGCUGAUCAUCUGGUCAUACACACGGCUAUUUUUAACCCGGCGGCAAUGCAUUGCUUGCACAACGCUGGGUGCAGGAGAGUUUGCCUUUGCCGUCAGGUUCUUCUUCAUUGUCUUCACCAAUUGCUUGUGCUGGUUCCCCAUCAUCUGCAUCAAGGCAGCUGCCCUUGCUCUUGUGGACAUAAAUGGAGGAGUUUAUGCUUGGCUUGUCAUUUUGGUAUUGCCAAUUAACUCUGCAGUCAAUCCAGUGCUGUACACAUUUUCAACAUCAAGGUUCAAGAAACAUUUUGAAAAGCUUUCAAAUGCUAUCUACUGCUUCUACAAUAUACGCCGUCGCCAAAGCUCUGACACAGAUACUCUUCCAAAUUCUUCAGGACCUUCUUACCAUACAUCUCAUACUACCCUACAAAAUCAAAGUAUGGAGGCCAGUUACCCAGAGCACCUGAAUCAUGUUUUACCAGAUGAGGUUACUUUUGUUUCACCAUCACUGGGCAUAGUGCUGACAGCACCAGAUCACCAGCAUACAACCAAGCCACUUACUAAUGAGGACUCUUCAGAUUAUGUCGAUGAAAAUACAGUAACGAUGAAUGAUGGCAAAACAGAAACAGUACCUGAGCAAGAUCUAAACCUCACCUUAGCAAGCCCUCAAGACCAGGUCUUCCUUAAUAGCAGAAGUUCACAACAGAGGUUACUCUCUACAGAAUCUGUGCCACAGGAGGACUGCCCAUCUCAAAACAACAGGCAGCAAAGGGAUAUGCCGUUGCUCCAGAAAGGUCACAAUGGUUCAUCUGUGUCAAAAUUUUCUGGGCCAGGGAUCAGGAGCAAAGUUGUGAAGUUUGCUCAUGAUCUGACGAUUCGGAAGCAAAUUUUACACUCUGUCCUCUCAUAUGGAGACAACAAAUCCACGUCAAAAAAGAAUUCUGGGAAAGCAAAUCUUGCAAACAGUCCGCUCACAAACUGUUCUCAAGAGGAACUGGAAGAAGUCGAGUGAAAAAUUAUGAAGAUGUCCUAUUUUGUCCCAGCCAAUCCCCAAGCAACUUCAAGUACAAAGACAUUGUGUACAACAAGACCAAUAUAGUUAAAAAUAGCAGUCACGAAUUAGCAAAAGUUUUAAAAGUAGAGACAAAUUUAACUAAACUUCAACAUCUGGUAGAUGCAGAAUCACUACUAGUGGUUUUAAUGCGUAGAUGAUUAGAAAAAGAAUAAGUAAGACAUGUAGCUAUACUAGAUGUAGUUUGGGAUCUUGGAGCUAAUAAAUAACCUUUUUUAAAUUUAUACAUUUCCAUAAGCAUAGCCAGAUUAAGAAAGAUUAUUUUGAUGAUCUUGCAUUACAUGAACAAAAGAUAAAUGACCUGAUAUCUUAAAAGAAAUAUUUUCAUAUUUCCCUGAAACUGAAAGGUUCCUUUUGUCAUACACAGUAUUUUAUGUCUGAUCAUAAGGUAAUUAGAAAGUAAGAAGUUCAUAUGUGCCAGAUUUUAGGUUAAUUCUUUUCUGAAAAAUUUAUAGAGUGGAUAGAGUAUUAAACAAUAAAGGAACUGAUGCUGUAAGGAUAUAUAUUGCCAGAAACGAGUGUAGGUAACUUUGCACUGAUAUUUUGUAUUUUUAUACUUUUUUUGGGAGUAGCAUUUCAUUAUCCUUGUACUUUACUACGUAGGUGAAAUGCUGAUAAUAAUAAGUGGUAAAUAUGAGCAGUACUACUAUACUUUAAAAUGGACUUUGUACAAUUUAGGAGAAAUAGUGUUUCUUAAUUUUAGCUUCAUUUAAGGUAAUUUUUUGUAGUCUAUAUGUAUGCCUCUAAGCUGUAACUUAAUUAUAUUGUGUAAAUUUGUCUUAA